CACUGACUUCGUCUUCGCCAAGGAGAAGGUUUUGGGGUUUUACAUCAUACCCUGCAUUCUUCAACCCCGAAGAAACAAACCACACCCACAACAACCCCCCACCCCCCCCCCCCCCCCCCCUCGAAAAAUGGUGUUAUCGAACAAAAAGCUAAAGCAGAACCUCAGAGACUCUGUGGCCGAAUCAUUAACGGCAUCGGAGGGAGCUCAGAAGGACCGGACCAAAUCACAGCCCCAACACUCUCUCACAUCCCUCCUGGGCUCCGCAACUCGGAAACCCAGGUUGUCCAAGAGAGAGAAACGCAGAAAAACCCCAUCUUUGGGAGAGAAACGAUCAGAAACCACCCACUCUUCACAGGGUCUAGAGGUUGUGCAGAGAGUUGUUGAAAUUGGUGAUGAUUCAGAGAAUGAGAAUGGCAAUGAGAAGAAGAAGAAGAAGAAACGGAAGAUAGAUGAGGCGGGGUUGGAGAGCGGUGGGUCGGAGUCGGUAGAGAAUGUGGUGGCAAAGAAGUCAAAGAAGAAGAAGCUGGAGAGAGAGGAGGCCGGGUUGGAGAGUGGCGGGUCGGGGUUGGUAGAGAGUGGAGUGGCGAAGAAGUCGAAAAAGAAGAAGAAGGAGAAGAAAAAGAAGAAGAAGAAGAAGGAUGAGAAUGGGGGAGUGAAGGAGGGUGAGAAGAGUGCAAACGGAGUGAGUGAAUUGGGUGGGAUGGAAAGUAUUAUGGCGAGUGAUGGUCAAGAAAUUACGGAGGUUGCUACAAAAGUUUACGUUGGAGGAAUUCCAUACUACUCGACCGAGGAUGAUAUCCGGAGCUACUUUGAAAGUUGUGGUACCAUAACUGAAGUUGAUUGCAUGAAAUUUCCUGAGAGUGGGAAGUUCAGAGGAAUAGCCAUUAUCAACUUCAAGACUGGAGCUGCAGCCAAAAGAGCCUUGGACUAUGAUGGAUCUGACAUGGGUGGACUAUUCUUGAAAAUCCAGCCCUACAAGUCAACUAAACCUAAAAAAGCUUCGAAUUUCGCCCCAGCAAUCAUGAAAGGUUACAAUAGGAUCUAUGUUGGAAAUCUAUCAUGGGAGAUAACUGAAGAUGAACUGAAGAAACUUUUCUCGGGUUGCAAUAUUUCUGCUAUUCGAUUUGGCAAAGACAAGGAAACAGGUGAGUUCCGAGGUUAUGCCCAUGUGGAUUUCGUGGAUAGUCUCUCUCUAAACAUGGCAUUGAAUUUGGAUCAAUACAUUGUUUGUGGGAGACCUGUGGGAAUAAGAUGUGCAGUUCCAAAGAAAGCAACGGAAAGCAAAUCCAAAUCUAUGUCAUUAUCUAAGGAAGCUGAUACCAAUUCCAAAUCUAUGCCACCACCUAAGGAAGCUGAGACCGUGGAACCAGAACCCAAGGAAGCCGAGAAUCCGGGGAUGGCCGCUGUUAGUGGAAAGAUAAGGAGAAGAACUUGCUAUGAAUGUGGUGAAAAAGGCCAUCUUUCAACGUCUUGCCCAAAGAAACAACCUGCUGACUUAACAAAUAGCAGUGCUACUUAGGUUCUGUUUGUUUUGACCUAUUUUUUUUUCGGUAACAUGUUUUCCUGGAUUCGGGUGUCUUUUUUUUUUCUUUUUUCUUUUCCUUUUUUCUUUUCCAGCAAGUUUUUGUUUGGUGCUGCUAUUGGUACAUACAAUAUGUACAUACAAUGUACAUAUAGAUUUUGUGGGCCCCAAUUCGGGUCCCACAAAGAUGAUCCGAACCGCUUAUUAUUUUUAAAACAUCUUUUUAUGGAGCCCUGUAAAAAAUCAGCUCAACCCGAUAUUGGUAAGGAUUUUUUCUGAAUUUGUAGGGGUGAAACUAAGCAGUUAAGUAGUUUCGCCUCCACAAAUUAAGAAAAAAUCCUUACCGAUAUCGGGUUGUGCUGAUUUUUUACAGGGUUCCAUAAAAAAAUGUCUGAAAAAUAAUUGGUGGUUUGAAUUAUCUUUUUGGGACCCGAGGUGGGCCCCACAAAACUAAUAUGUACAUAAUAUGUACAUUUCACAUGUACCCCUAGCAUUUUUGUUUUUGUUUUUCUCGGAGCAAAGGUUUCAGGUGUCUGGUGCACUUAAUUGGUGUAAUGACAAUUCGGAAGGUAAAAUAUUUUUUACAGCUAAA